UUUUAUCCUCUCCAGGAUCAGAUUAUCCAGAUUCUUGCACACGCAUGCUUGGUACUACUUUCUCAUUCUUCUGAAUUUUUACCUCACGUUCCAGACCACACAUCUCUCUCGUCCCAUCAAGCUAGCCGCCGUACGAGUAUGGCGACUUCACCCUCACCUUCGCCUCCUCUCUCUGUAGACUUGCAGCAUAUAUAUGGCACCAUUGUCAUCUUGCUCACGCAUACUCUGCACUUCCCCUUCCAUUCCUUCCCAAACCAGCUCUUGCAACCUCAUCUGCAUCAGCCUUUCAAACUGUGCAGUCCCAAACUAUCAAAAAGAUACUAUCAUCAAUCAAUGGCUCAGCUGCGCAGAUGCAUAGCCAUCGCGCUCCUCUUCCUCCUCGCCGCCACAUUCGUCGCAAGCUGCGUCGACGGUGCAAGAACCAUGCAGGCGAGCUACAUCAACAGGACGCCUUCCACGGCGCCGACGGCGAUGAUGAGGUCGGGGAGGCUCUUCGGCUACCUGCCGCGGGCCAAGCUGAUCCCGCCGUCCGGCCCGUCGGAGCGGCACAACGCCAUUGGACCGGAGAAUGGUGAUGGGGAUGAGCUGAUCAGCAAGCCAUGAUGGCAGAGACUCAAGGUAACCUAGCCACUUGUGGAGAACGUGGUCAUGAUCAGAGUCUGUCAUAUGAUAGUAAGUAACUAGCUAGCAGCAUGUAUGUAUGUAUGUAUUGGCCUGUCAGACAUAUGGUUUUUGCAUGUCUCUGUCAUUAACAUUUUUCUCUUUUGGGGUUCUAACUAUACAUUCCUCGGUCCACAACUCUAACAGUUGAGGUUUCAGUUACUAUUAUGUCAUCUUUACUUUGCUUUGCUUCUUUGGUUAAAGGAAAAGGGAAAGUGCUUAUGCGUCAUCCUUGUUUUGCCUACUAUGUAUAUUUAUCAUUAGCUGAAUGAUAAUGUCAGUCCCAGAGAAAGGGCAAAGGGAA